AUGGGUCUCGCUGGCGAGAACUUGGACGCUGUUCACCACCACCGCCAUCAGAGACAAGAGGGAGGCGCCGAUCCUCCAUCAUUCUGCGGUAUUCUCUCCGGCCCAAAUGCAGGGUGGAAGGAACAUGGCUCCAUUCGUCCAGCAAGGGCUGCAGACUCACACGCGCACAACCUCUCAGAUGGCAAAUCCUUCGUGUGUCUCAUGCCAUAUGGUAUGGAUUAUUCCACAAUCCUUAUUAUGAUUGCCAUCUCGUAUGAUGUGGUGCUUUCCUCGUUUACCCGUGCUUUCUUUCUUUCUCUUCCCUCACUACCAGCCACCCUCCUCCCUAUUACUAGUAGUGCUGUAGUCCCUCGUAGUGCAUCUACUAAUCGAUCGCCAAACGGUGCGGCUGUUCCCUCCUUCAAAGGUCUCCAGCCGGAUCAUCCGCGGAGUGUGCUGUCACUUCCAUUACUGGAUGUCACCCCCAAGCCACAUCUAACCCGAAAAGCUGAGCCCACGCCUCAUUGCCGCAAGGAGUUGGACGCUGUGGCUCAUUGGAGAAGUCCUAGCUGGCUGACUGGUGGAGAGAGUCGGUGGGUAGGGGGAAUGGGACCGGGCCCGAAAUCUGAUGCUUUCCGAGUCUCAAACCGAAGGGUCAUGCCGUUCUCUCCAAGCGCCCUUAAUACAAACUACGGUCCUAGAUGCAGUUCUACAGUUGAUACUGCUAGACACGAGACGAACACUUCCAUCUGGGUCGACCCCCAUCGGCUCCAGAUGGGUAGAUUCCCCGUGUGCGGCGGUGGCGGAUGCCACCCGACGGACAGCGAUUCUGGAUCCUGUGGGAAAUACUACGGAAGAGGUUUGGGGAUAGACUCCGUUCUCGGUCUGUUUCGUCGCGGCACAAAGGGACGCAUCCCCACUUGGAGCACCUCUUGGCGACCGUUCUGCCGCGUCGCCGAUUUUCUCUCUUCUUUGCCUGUUCGUGUCAAGCUCAAACUCGGAACGUCGCCAGCCGCGUCUCCGAGCUGCUCCCUGAAGCAGCUACGAGCUACCAGCUUCCCCCCCCUUAUUCUCUCCCUCCUGCCUGCUCUCCCGUCCACAGCCUCAAUUGAUGGCGUACGAACAAGCUCAAACUGGCCCGGGACCCAGUCUCCCACUGCUCAUCGUCAUUUAAAAUGA